ACGUAUAGGGAAUUCAAGGACACUUCAUAUGGACUCAGGAGUCGGUUGUGUUACGUCUACGUACACAUCUACUAACCCAGAGUUGUAUUUCCGGGAUGGUAAACGCAGAACUGAUUAUGUGCUUGCUUAUCGGUUUUCCACGUCGAAAUAUAAUGAUCAAAACCGACGCCUCCUGUUUCUCAAUGAGCUAGCAAAGCAGAAAAUAGAAAUAGAAGUUGAAGAUUCUAAUGGUAAUCUACUUGGUGCUACUGUAGCAUCAAAUGAAGAUGAAUUUUCAUCAUUAACUCUUAAACCAUCAUUUAUGCAUUUACAGGCCAAUGCACCUCUUCACCCAGGAGAAUAUUCUGAAUCUCUUAUGCCUACUUCAUCUAUUGAUUAUGCAGAACCAGAUAAACCAACAGAUACAAGUCCACCAUCGUGCAUGGAUCGUUAUCGUCACCAAGCUUUGGAUGACAAAACAAUUUUGAUGACUCCAGAUAAUUUAGUCUUUGUUAAAUUACAUGCUUCAUGGGAAGCAAUGACAUAUUAUGCAGAGUAUUUAAAAAUGCGUAAACCACUUCGUCAAUCUGGUAAAAUUUUUCAACUGGAGAACCGACCACCUAAACCUUCUGUUUUAAAGGAUUACUUUAAAUGUUUACAGUCGGACAAAAAUAUUAUCAAACCAAUCGAUUCAUGUUGUACUUGGCCAUUUUCACUGAAUAGGCAAUACUUAUUUGAUAUACCAGAAAAUAAAGAUGAAUUUUUCACUGCAGUCGAACGAGCUCUUGUCUUAGAUCAUAUUCUACGGCGUACCGGUUAUAAAUCAGAGGAUUUAGUGAAUACUGAAGAUCUAUACGAACCUAGCAUUAGUGAUAUUGUAACAAGUCAUGACCUCGCAGAUGGAAACUCGGGAUCAUCGAAUCAAGCUAAUUCAUUGUAUGUAAUGGCAACAAAAAAUCUUGGCAUAACUAAACUGAUUUCCGAUGGAAUUUUCUCAGCUGCUUAUCCAUUACAUGAGCCAACUGAAAAGUUAUCAUUAAUAACUUUACAACAAAAAACAAUAUCUCCCAGUUGUUAUGGGCCUGCUGGUAAUACUCUGGCGCCGACCGAAUUCAAUAAUCGAAUCUUACUUCAACGUUAUUGGGCUUCAUAUAAAAUGUUAUUUAAAUGCCAACCUAUCAGUUAUAUUCGAUAUUAUUUCGGUGAAGCUGUGGCUUUUUAUUUUGCUUGGCUUGGUUUCUACACAGCUUGGCUUUUACCAAUUGCAAUAUUUGGAAUUGUUGUUUUUUUUUUCGGUUUAUUGGAUUUAAAAUCCGACUCGAUUAUCCAUGAAGUAUGUGAUCUCGGUCACAACAUAUAUAUGUGUCCAUUAUGUAAAUCAUCUAAAUGCAAAUUUUGGACUCUGGACAGAUCUUGUUUACGUACUAAGUUAAUGCGAUUAGUGGAUCAUGAGGGGACUGUUUUAUUUGCUGUGGUUAUGUCUUUGUGGGCUGUAAUAUUUUUCGAAAUGUGGAAACGUAGGCAAGUCUCAUUUGCUUAUCGUUGGAAUGUAUACUCACUGGAACCAAUGGAUCAACCGCCGAGACCAGAAUUUAUGGCAUUACUUAGUAAAAUGUGUCCUCGUAAAAUGAAUCCUUUAAGUGGAUAUGUAGAACCAUUUAUUCCAUUUUGGCGACGUAAAGUACCAAUUAUCUUUCUCAGUUUCUCUACUGUUCUGUUAACUGUGAUGCUCACAUUAGCUUUUCUUGUUGGUGUGGUUUUAUACAAAUUAGUGAUCAAAGCAAUUUUGUAUCGUCAUCAUAAUCCUAUGGUACAAAGUACCUCUGGUAUGAUUGCUACUAUGACUGGAUCUUUAGUUAAUUUAGUGGCAAUAUUCUUUUUAAAACUAAUUUAUGAUCGUAUGGCCAUUAAAUUGACUGAUGUUGAACAUCAUCGUACACAAGUGGAAUAUGAUAAUAGUUUAACGCUAAAAUUAUACCUAUUACAAUUUGUCAAUUAUUAUUCGUCAAUAUUUUAUAUUGCAUUUAUACAAGGUACAACUUCAGCUGUUCCUGGUAGUGAUCAUAUAUUAAUUCAGUCAACUGGUUGUGACCAAGGUGAUUGUCUAUUCGAAUUAUUCAUACAACUAGUUAUAAUUAUGGUUGGUAAACAAAUAUUUAGUUUUAUUCAAGAAUCUUUAAUGCCUAUUCUAUGGAAAUUAUUUUUCAAAUUUCGUUCAAUGAAACGUUCAUCUAAUCAUGCUAAUCAUAAUUAUAUGAACAGUACAAAUUAUAAUGAACAGAAUUCAGUGACUACUUCUCUUUUACCAGCAAAAUAUCGUUCGUUGCGUGGACGAAAUAUUCUAUGUCGUGCUGAUUUUAAUAUGUUAGAUCCUGGAUCUAGACCAUUGUUUAAUGAGUACUUAGAAAUGAUGAUUCAAUAUGGAUUCAUCACUAUGUUUGUUCCUGCAUUUCCACUUGCACCAUUAUUUGGUUUAUUAAACAAUCUGUUUGAGAUUCGUGGUGAUGCUAAAAAAUUAGUGAAUCAAUAUCGUCGUCCAGUUCUUGAAAGAGUUCAAACAAUUGGUAUAUGGUUGUCGAUCAUUACUGUUCUCGCAAGCAUUGCUAUUCGAACUAAUGCUUGUAUUAUUGCAUUUACUACACAGUUUAUUGACCGAUGUGUAUACCGUUAUACUUAUAGUCCAGAUGGUACUAUGAAAGGUUUUGUGAAUUUCACUCUCUCCUAUAUGUCUACAACUCGUUUUGAUGUUCCAACUAAUGAAACUUAUUGCAGAUAUGAUUCUUAUCGUUCACCACCUUGGUCUUCAGAACCAUAUGUAUUCACUUCCGUUUAUUAUCAUGUGUUGGCAGCUAAAUUCAUUUUUGUUUUUGCUUUUGAAACUAUAGCGACUAUUCUAACUAAUGUGAUCAUGGCAGCUGUACCGGAUGUCCCUAAACGUGUUAGAAAGCAAAUAGUUCAUGAAACCAAUAUUACAAAUGCAAUUAUUUUAAAUGCAGAAGUUGGCAAUCAUCAAUAUAAUAAUGCGAUUACAAAAGAUGUUAACUUUCAGAAAAUUUUCAUGUUAAAACAACAACAUGAGAAACUUCAAUCUAGUAAUUGCAAUAUUAAUAAUGAAGUGACUGAAAACAACGAUCAAGAAGGAAAUAUUGAUAGAAAUGAAAUUUGUUCUCAAUCGCUUGUUUAUAAAUAUGUGAGUUUUGAAAGGGUACCACCUGUUACACUGUCAUCACAACCAAUGCAUCUUACUGUGCCUAAUUUACAUGAUAACCGACCAUCUAUUGGAUUCGAAGAUUUAAGCAAUCAUAAUAACAAGAAUAUGAUUUAAAACCCAAACUUAUAUAAUAUGUUGUGUUUUUUUCAAUGUUUAUCCUAUUUUUUGUUCAAUAUUGUCAUUCUUUCAUUUAAAUUAUAUAAAUAGUUAGUUUAAUUUCUUUGUUCUAAUUCACUCAUUUAUUUGUUUAUCUUGCCUACUACAUAUUGUGUUGUGGUUGUUGUUACUAUUACGUAAUUUGUUUCGUUUUGUUUUCUCUUUCUAUUGACUUAUUUGUACAUUGAUUUUUUUCUUCUUGGUCAAUUCAUUUGUUAUUUGUACCGAACGAGAACAAUCAUUAUUGAAGCGCGGCAACGACAUUUUUCAUUUCAUAGAAUAAAAUUUUCAUUAGAAAUAUACCAUUAUUUUAACAGUUAAUAUUCUAACAGAUUUUACUAUUUUAAUGAAUCACUCACUCUCUCUCUCACACACACACACAAUCAGUCAAUUGGACAAGAUAUAUAUAUACACAUGUAUAUUCAACGCCAAUGUUUUAUCAAUGAAAACACAGGGAAUAUUCAAUGGCAUAACGUGUUGUUGUUGUUUCUCUCUCCAAUGUAAUAAUUAACAAAUUAUUAUACAAAUAAAGUAGGUAGAACCAAUUUUUGUUUUUUCUCUGUUUUCUUUUUUUGUUUUUCUUCUGGCUUUUGAUAUAGAUAGAUAGAUUUGUAUUUUACUCACUUAUAUACUUCUUUUUCUAAGUAAUACGACUAGAAAUCACCUUUUUUCUUCUUUUUUGUGUUAUCUUUAUAUUUUUGUUUUGUGCUUAUGUGUUUAGUAAUGUGAUGAUUGUCUUUUUCCUUUGUCCUUCACACGACAUUUUGUUUUGUUUAUUUUUUUUAGUGAUUUCUCAUAUUUGUACUUAAUAACAUAAUAAUCAUGUUUAGGAUAAUUAAACUUUCUGCAUCAAAUGAGAUUAGAUUUCAGUGUUUUUCUUCCUUUUUGUGUAUACUCAGUCUGUGUUAUGACUUUUAUUCGGUUAAUUAUCAUGUGUGACUUUGACACUAUCCCAAAC